GGACCUUCUAUUGAUGCUCGGUCUGAAUGACAACAGCUCUGCCACUCAAGCACUGCGGCAUACUAGGUUCUCCGUGUCGCGAUAUCGAUCGCAAUCAGUGUCGACAUUGGGCUUGGGCCAUUCAGGGUGCUCUUGUCUGACGCAUCCUCGACGGGCAUCUCGGCGUCAAUUAUGGAUAGGGAACAUUUUUUUUGCGUCCACCUUUGCUGACUGAGCCAUCUAGAUUACAUAUGCAACGGGUCACUGGCAGGCAGCGUUUGUACUCACGUCGCCAUCGCUGACCAUUGGUUACGAGUCUUUCCGGCAACUGAUCUGGGAACGAACGACUUUCAUGGGCUUAAUGGACCAACGAUGGAGACUUACGGUUCUUCUAUCGAAAAUCGUAUAAAGGAACGACCUCGAUGAGUCUUGGAUCUCAUAGCUCGAGCCCCCCUCCUUCACGUCCACGUCCACGUCCCUUGCCUUCCUCCUCGACAUGUCAUCACCAUCCGCCAUCCCACACGGUUCCACAGUCCUCGUCACAGGCGUGAACAGCUUCAUCGGCUCUCACGUCGCAGAUCAGCUCCUCCUCGCAGGCUACAAAGUCCGCGGCACCGCUCGUGACGCGUCCAAGUUCAAAUGGGUGCAGGAUGUAUUCGAUAAGAAAUACGGACCGGGGAAGUUCGAGGGGGUCGUCGUUCCGGAUAUGAGUGCCGAGGGCGCAUACGACGAGGCGGCCAAAGGUGUCAGUGCCGUAGCGCACAUCGCCGCCAACCUCUCCCUCUCCAAUGACCCUAACGUCGUCAUCCCCGAUACCGUCAACGGAGCGCUCAACGCCCUCCGCGCCGCCGCCAAACAACCCACCGUCAAACGCGUCGUAGUCACCUCUUCUUCCGCCGCCGUACACACCGCCAAACCCGGUGUCUCCCUCGAACUGACACCUGAAGUAUGGAACGACGAAGCCGUCAAGCUAGCUUGGGAGGGCGCGAAGAACCCACCAGCCCAACCAUUCGAACUCGUUAGAAAUGUGUAUGCAGCGUCGAAGACGGAGGCGGAGAAGGCGUGCUGGAAGUUCGUGAAGGAGGAAAAGCCUGGGUUUGAGUUGAGUACGGUGUUACCGAAUGCGAAUAUUGGGCCGUUGUUGGAUAGGAAUCAUCGGUCGUCGUCGGCAGAGUGGGUGGGCUAUAUCCUCAACGGUGCCCCUGAAGCUGAGCAAUAUCAGGCCGUUUUGGGACCUCAAUACUACGUCGACGUCCGAGACACCGCCCGUCUGCACGUCGCCGCUCUGACUAACCCAGACGUCAAAUCCGAACGCAUCUUCGCAUACGCAGCGCCCUUCAACUGGGUCGACCUCCUCACUAUCCUGCGCAAAGCUUUCCCCAAUCGCAACAUACCCGCCGGCGACCCGAACGCCCCGAGGGAUCUCAGCACGGUGAAGACGAGAGCGAGGAGCGUGGAGCUUUUGAAGACGUUUGGCCAGGAUGAGUUCGUGAGCUUGGAAGAGUCAGUGCUAGCAAAUGCAGAGGCUUUCAUUUAAAUUGAGGGGGAUGGAUAGCGCGCCUGUUUGAAGGUUUUGCUUUUUAUUGUCGUAGUUAUCGUAAGCUUUCGUCUCAUGAAUAUCAAGCUCCUAAGCCCACUCCAUGCCACGGUUGCCACAACCCUCCAGGCCGAUACUCCUGAUUGUACAACCUCUUGACAAUCUCCGGAAUACCAGCCGCUCGAAUUUGUGCAUACUGUUGGACGAACGCGUCGGCGAAGUCGUCUUCUUCUUCGUACCACCGUUUGUCCCACAAUGGCGGAGUAUACCCCUUAGGAUGCACCUUUUGGAUGUAGAUGUCUGCAACAAAAAAUGGGAAGGAUUCGUGCCGGAUCCACUUCGUGUGUGUCAAAGGGAGGCAGCAGUACACCAGCGUAGGACAAAGUGUAGCCCACUGACGCGCGGUAGCAAAGUCGUCAUCGAAUGUACGGCGAGGUCUGACAUGAAAAUCGGUAGAUUCGAAUCGCAGGACUUUUAAAGCCUUGAAGGCGGGUAAUAUUUGCAGCAUUUUUUCGUGUACCGGAGCCUUGGGCAAGAAUAAGUCAGUGUAAUCCGGGUCGUGGAGAAGGAACGCGGACAUGAUAUGGUGGUGACUAUGAACGCAUCCCCGUCCGAGCGCCAAUCUUCUCCUCCGUAUACGUUGUUUUGUAUAAACAGAUAUUCGAGGGCCGUCAGCUGGGUAGCAGCGAGUGACACAAACGCGAGGUUCCAGUUGUGACUAGGUGUGG